GCUCGCCUCCUCCUCCUGCCAGGGGCGGGAGCGGGGCCGGGCCGAGAGCGAUGGAGAUGCAGUCGUACUACACCAAGCUGCUGGGUGAGCUGAACGAGCAGCGCAAGAGGGAUUUCUUCUGCGACUGCAGCAUUAUUGUGGAGGGCAGGAUCUUCAAAGCGCACAAAAACAUCCUCUUCGCCAACAGCGGCUAUUUCCGAGCCCUGCUGAUUCACUACAUCCAAGACAGUGGCCGCCACAGCACUGCCUCACUGGACAUCGUCACCUCGGAGGCCUUCUCCAUCAUCCUUGAUUUCCUUUAUUCUGGGAAGCUGGAUCUCUGCGGGGAGAAUGUCAUUGAGGUGAUGUCUGCCGCCAGCUAUUUGCAGAUGACCGACGUGGUCAAUUUCUGCAAAACCUACAUCAGGUCAUCCUUAGACAUCUGCAGGAAAAUAGAGAGAGAAGCUGCCUUCUACCAGGCCGACAGUGGCAGUGCGAUUUCCACGAGAGAGGGUACCUCGUGCACCUCCAAGGGCCAGUGCUCUGCCUCGGUCUCUUCCCUGCAGGAAAAGGAGAGGAUGGAUUGCCAGCGGGAUCCUCCCUGUGGCGAGUGCAGUGGCUGCCACCCCCUGGAGCUGGUGGUGCGGGACCCCGCUGGCAGCCGCUCUCCGGAUGACGUGAAUUCCUCGCUGCCCAAGGGGGUGGAACCCAAAGUCGAGUUUGACUCGGAUGAAGUCGAGGUAGAAGUGGGCGAACGGCUGCCGCAGUAUCCGACCCCGUUGUCCCUGGAGCAGAUGGAAGAGGGGCUGCACAGCGGGCAGGCGAUGGACCUGGCCUGCAAUAACUACCACAUGAAACAGUUUCUCGAGGCCCUGCUGCGCAACGGCUCCGCGCAGAGGAAGGAGGACGUGGUUCACCACUUUGUCCGGGGCUUUGAGGGUAGGCCGGAGGACACGGGGGUAACCAUGAGCUCCAUGAUGGACAUUCACAGCGACUGGUAUGGUGAGGACGCAGGUGAUGUGCUGGUUGUGCCCAUCAAGCUCCACAAGUGUCCAUUCUGUCCCUACACGGCCAAACAGAAGGGAAUACUGAAGCGGCACAUCCGCUCCCACACAGGUGAGAGGCCCUACCCCUGCGAGACGUGUGGGAAGCGUUUCACGCGGCAGGAGCACCUCCGGAGCCACGCCCUGAGCGUGCAUCGGUCAAACAAGCCGAUCAUCUGCAAGGGCUGCCGGCGGACGUUCACCAGCAGCCUGUCCCCAGGGCUGCGCCGCUUCGGCCUCUGUGACAGCUGCACCUGUGUGACCACCACCCAUGAGGACCCCGUGCCCAUCAACCUCAGCCUGAUGGAGCCAUCGUCGGGAGGCCAGGAGAAGGGCGAUGCUGACAACGACUGGCCCAUAUAUGUGGAGUCCGGAGAGGAAAAUGACCCAGCUGACGAUGAUGAUGCUGAUGGUGAUGACAAGCAGGAAAUCCACAGGAGCUUGUCAGACCGAGAAACUCUGAUGUAGCAGUGGGAGGAGAGCGGUCUGCAACAGGAGGCUGCGUGCUAGCCCAGUCAGGGAGACUGUGCUGCGGUUUACUAUUCCAUUUUUUUAAUAGAAAAGUGGGAAGAACUGGAAUUUUUAAUAUUUUUAAGUUUUCAGUGCUGUGCACCAGAAAUCUGUGAAGAAUCUUCUCCCUAGGGUUUACAGAGGUUGUCCUUGAGCAAUUCCCCAUGGUGUCUCUUGCCUCCUGGCCUUGAUUUUGCAGGUGGGACAUCUCUGGUCUGUUUUGCUAACAAGUUUCUUCAAAUAAUGCUGUAGUGCUUCUUAGUCCCUGACCUGAGAGGGGCACAGUCUUCCCCCUGAGGAUUACGUUAAAGAAAUGCAGUUCGUCUGUUAUCUUGGGACUUUUCUAAACCGAGUUGUGAUCCUUCUGUACUAGGGCAGGAUUAUCGAAACUGUAAACCUGAAGUGUUUGCCUGACCUUGAAACCAGGGCAGAAAAAACAGGAUAACAAAUCCAUGCUGCUGCUGCAAGCAUGGACAGUAAGAAUAACUACAUUUCACAUGUCCUUAAUUGCAGGUGUUUAGAGAACAGGCUUCUCUUUCUGAAUUGCUUUUACUGCAUCUUCUUCUCUUGAGAGCUCAGACUACAGAUCUUCAGAUGUCUUUAAUGUCACUUAGAUACUGGUAGUCUUGGCUUGAGAGCUGUUAAGCACACAUUAUGGUGUCCAGUGUCCUGGUCUCAGCUUAGACCCUGAGCUGCCCAGUUCUCCUUAGCUUUUCACAGCAGUUAAAAGCUAUCAGCCAGGUCACUUGGGAAUUCCAAUUCUGGAGAUGAAAUAGCCAGGUUUGCAGCUGAUGUAGCCAAGGAGCAGUUAAAGAUAAAUACCUGAGCUAUGCACAUGAACCAGCUCUGAACACCCUUUUUGAGGUUUAGGAAACCUCAGAAAUUUUUACUCACUUCUUUGUCUUCAGAUCCUUCUCUUUCUCUUUUACUCUCUUUUCUUCUAGUCUGUGGUGAUCCUUCUUAUGGUUUGUGUUGUGUGAAUUUAUCCAAGUACUGUCUUUUUUAAAACAACCCUUCUGUGUGCACCUCCUGUGUCUUUGCUGGGACAGGCAAAGGCUGCCUUUCACAGGAGGGGAGGGUCUUACUUUUCCAGUACCGAGUUGAUAUCAGCUAUCAACAUCGAGCUGGGAACCUUUAGGAGAAAACACCCCCACCCCAGAAAGCCCGUUUGCUUCUGGAUAAGCUCCUGUUUCCUAACAAAGAGACAAAACUGAGAUAUACUGUGAAAUAAGACUGUUAAUGCUUCUUUGUUGUUUGUCGGUGUUCAAUUAAAUGCAAUUGUUGAGUCUUUCCAGCUGGAGAAAGCGCUGGAUCAGGGGCUGUGGACAGUACUGGCUGACAAGAAUGAGCAGUUCCAGUUUACAGGACAGGCUUCACACUUGGCAAACAUUAGAAUGGAACAUAAGCCACAGAGCCCUCUGAUUUAACCAGUUAAAUUAUUUGUUCUUGUGCUUUUCUUUUACAUCCUGGAAAAGAACAAUUCAUCUUUUCUGUCUGCUUCAUCCCCCAGGGAAACAGCAGAGCUACAGGGAUGUUGUAGUUUACUUGCGAGAGGGGAUUCUGAUGUACGAAUGCAGUUAAGAAUUCAUUGCCAGAUCAAGCAAGGUGAGGGAAGCAGAAACAAGCUGCCUUUUAAAGGAGUCCCUUUACUGCUGAUUCCUGAGAACAGCAGAAGGCAGACAUGCUUUGAGACAUCUCUCUGUUCUAAGUUCUUGAUGAGGGUCACCUUCUCGCUCCAUUUAUUUUCUGUACCUGAAGCUGCAUGAGCCGCCAGUGGCUCCUGUUGUAGCUCAUCUGUAAAUCUGAGUCUGUAGUAGCUGAACAGUAUCGUAGUGGCACACAUCAUCUGAAAAACGCCACUGGGACAAGAUCUUUAAAGCAUUCAGGGCUCUGAAGGCCCUAUUUCAGUCAUCCAAGUGAAGCCCAUCACAGAGACAAGUCAUGCAGACGCCAGGUUUGGAGCUGAGCUCCUUUGAAAACCCUGCUGUGCUUUUGGGUCCUGAGUACUUCUGAAAAUCUGAGCAAAACGUGAGCUUGUAACGCUUGCCGGCACUUUGGAAAUGCCGCCCCCAGUCCAGUGCAUUGGGUGAUUGCUCUGUUCUUAUUCAGUCCACCCUGCACCAGAGGGUUUGUGUCUGCUUGUCUGAUAAAGGCAGGAGUUCUGUGUGUGACAACACUCCGGAAGGGUCAGGAUCCCCGUGUGUGACUGACCUGCUAAGAAUGUAAAUAGGAAUCCAAAUUGAUACUGAGUGACCAGGCACCCUGAUCUCUGGUCAUUCUCGCAUGAAGAUGCCAAUGCCAUCUCACUGUAAAUAUUGGUAGGGGUCACUGAUGGGGACCAUCAGCUCUGUGUCGUUCUGGCUAGUGAGCCACAAUCAAACCAGCCGAGCUGUGCUGAGGUGUGGGCUGGCAAACUCUGAAGGUGAAAACAUCUAGAGUAGGGAAAGCUGACCUCUCGGAAAGCCUGUGUGAUGGUCAGAGCUGCAGGAAUGACUGCAGGGACCUUUGUCGACUUCACUUCCACUGCUUUCUUUGGUCUUAGCGAUUGUUCGUGUGUGUCUUGUGCAUAGAGAACAGCACUGUGUUCAAGUGUGUGUGACAUGGGGUACAGGGGGGACACCAUUCCCGUUCCAGACGGAACAUGACCACCCACUCGAUGUUUCCCGUUGAUCUGUCACGUUGUGCUGCUGCGUUGUCACUGGAGUCCUUCAGCCAUUGUGUUAGAAGGGGAUGUAGUUUAUCCCCGUCCUUGUGAAUGGAUGUUUCCGUAACUCUGUUUGCUGUGCUUCCCGCUGUUUGUGGAUGUUUUUCCUCUGUUGUAGAUCCAGCCUCGACAAGCUUUGAGAAAAUUAUGUAGCUGUUUAAUUAAAUAUUCACAUGGUGCUUAAUGAAGAAUGAAAAAUACUGUUUUUAGGAAGCUAUUUCUAAUGUAAUCUCUUUCUCAAAGUUUUUUAAAGGCCACGCAGACUGUCUCUCAAACUCUUAGCUCUAGGUAGGUGACUUAGUUUAGGAACGUGCGUUUGACUGUACUUUUGCACACAACCCCCUGUAUUUCCCUGAAGGAAUGCCGGCGGCACUGGUACUCAUGGUGCAUUGAACCUCGUGGUGCAAGACUUGUUAAUCCUCCAGAUGUGGUCAUUCCGUUUACUGAUGUUUUGUAAGGCGGUUUCAUAACUGAAGUCCUUUAAACUAGUUUAACCAACAGAUUCUUAUGAACAGGACCUUAUUUGUAGCAGUGACUUAACUGUUUGUGGAUCUUGGAGCGUUCUGGAGUUUUUUGAUUGUCUACAAAAUAAAACUCUCUGAGGUUUGCUUUGGUUUUCUUACUGUUCAGAAACUGCCUGAGUAAACCUGAGAGUGUUGAGAUUAAGGCUCACAUUUCAAUUUGUGGGAAUUAAACACAAAUACAUCCUUGGAAGAACCAGACUCUUGGUAGGAAUGGACUGGAAGGAUGCAGAGGCCAAUGACAGUGAUGUUGAUGCCGAGGUAAAUGAACUAAAGCCAAGAGGGCAGUGUACGAGGUGGAAAUUGAAACCGCAUCCUUAAUUCAUUUCUGGUGUCUCAUUCCUUCCCCUUGUCCAUGUCUGCAGAACUCGAACUCCUCUCUCAGGCUGAC